CAAACAGCUGUUUUGCAAACUUGUCGCCAAAAUAAUGCAAAUUGCCAUUGGUCUCAUUAAUUUGAAAUUGUGUUGCAUGCCUCGUUCAUAUAAUGGCGUCGAUGACCGCAGAAACUGCUGAAGGACAACGCGUGCAGCAAACAGAGCUCGAUGAGAUUUCCCCUGAAGUCUAUUCGCGUUUUCUGCAACGCCACGAAGGAGUUUUGCGCGACGAGGCAACAAUGCUUGGCUUCAAGGCGGCCAUUGAGGCAAACUCGGAGCUCUUUCGUGGCGCCACCGUGCUGGAGUUGGGCUGUGGCAGUGCACUAAUCUCGAUGUGGGUGGCACAUCAGGGUGCGGCACGUGUCUAUGCCGUGGAGUCAAGUGAUGUGUGUCAAGUGGCGCGUCAAUUGGUGCAACAAAAUCGCCUAGAUCAAGUGAUCGAUGUGUUGCACGGUCCGUUGCAGCAACUGCAACUACCGCCGAUCGAUGUGAUUGUCUCCAAGUGGAUGGGUGCCUGCUUGAUGUACAGCUCUACGCUGGAGGAUGUGCUCUAUGCCCGUGACAAGUGGCUGAAGCCCAACGGUUGCAUCUUUCCAGACAUCGCAAAUCUAUAUAUGACAGCUGUGGAGCAACCACGUCAUCCCCUGGAUCUGAUCAUUUCGCCUCGCCAGUAUUGGGCACGUUUCGCUGGAUCGUUGAAUCUCUCGCUUGCCUGGCACAUCGCCCUACACACACCUGUGGUCAGAGUUGUGGAUGCCAAUCAUGUGCCGUGCCAGCGGCAACUUUUGCAACGCUUCGAUCUGCUCACGUUGCAACCAGAUGAGUUAAGCUUCAAAGUUCCGUUCAAGCUUCGCACUCUACGUCAAGCGUUGGCCAAACAUUUCCUGCUUUACUUUGACUAUCGCUUUCCCGACUCAACCAUCGUCAGCACUUCGCCCAGUGCAGCAGUCACACAAUGGAAGCAAACACUCUUCCCCAUCGACGACCAUUUGCCCCUCUGUCCGGGUGAUGUGAUCUGCGGUCAGUUUGAGGUGCGACGCUGUGCUCGCCACCUGGACUUUGACAUCAGCUGGAGCUGCCACAACGAGCUGGUCAACGUGAAGACGCACACACAAAUCUAUCGAAUGCAGGGCGAGCCAGAUCCUAUCUAAUAAAGAGAUGUGAAUAUCAGACGAAUAUUGAAAAUCCAAUUGGGAAUUGUUUACUAUUAUAAUUUACCCCUAUUAGCUUACGAAUCAAGACUAAAUAUCUAAUUUGUUAAGGCAAGAGAGAUCGAUUGUAGCCAUCAGUUUAUUAACUAUUCUAAUUUAGCCAAGGAAAAAGCUUUUAUUUGAGUGUAUAACAAAUUUAUUAACGUUCUAUAUGAGAUCUACAACUUCCUGUUUGAGAAUAUUCUACUUAGCUUCAUAAAUAACGCUUACAAAAGUGGAAAUUGAUUUAUAAAUACGGAUAAAUGUUAAUUUUAUCAAUUAUGAAUUUACACAUUCGGAAAUUAAUAUAUUAUA